CCCCAAAGGCAGAUACAAGAAAAGAACUUGUACUAAGAGCAAACCACGAGGCCUUCAAUUGCAAAGAUGUUUGCCAGGGUGUCUGAUCUCCAUGUUCUGUUGCUAAUUGCUGUGGUGGGGAAGUCAGCUAUUGGGUUCUUCCUGAUGCCUUUCAUUGAUCCUCCAGACCCAGACUGGACCCCCGACAAUUAUUACUACAGCUAUGAGAGUGCCAAUCCCGAGGAAAGCACCGGUCUUACGCCAACCUUCCCAGAGAACCCCGACUGGUACUAUGAAGAUGAUGAUCCAUGCCAGUCCAACCCCUGUGAGCAUGGUGGGGAAUGUGUCAUCAGAGGAGACACUUUCCGUUGCAACUGCCCGCACCCCUUCUCAGGGAACAGAUGCCAGACGGUGCAGAACAAGUGUAAGGAUAACCCAUGUGUUCGCGGUGAAUGUCUCGUUACCCAGCAACCUCCCUACUACCGCUGUGCCUGCAAAUACCCGUACACAGGGACAGACUGCUCCAGAGUGCUACCUGCAUGCAGGCCGAAUCCCUGUCAGAAUGGUGGCAGCUGCUCUCGGCAUAGACGGAGGUCCAGGUUUAGCUGUGCAUGUCCUGAUCAGUACAAGGGAACAUUCUGUGAGAUAGGUACGGAUGACUGCUAUGUUGGUGACGGCUAUGCUUACCGAGGCAAAGUGAGUAGGACAGUGAACCAGAGCCCGUGCCUUUACUGGAACUCACAGCUCCUCCUGCAGGAGAAUUACAAUGUGUUUAUGGAGGACGCUGAGACCCAUGGGAUUGGAGAUCACAACUUCUGCAGAAACCCAGAUGGAGACCAAAAGCCAUGGUGUUUCAUCAAAGUAAACAGGGAAAAGGUUAAAUGGGAGUACUGUGAUGUCCCAGCCUGCCCAACCCCAGACAUAAGCGACCCAGAGGAAGGCCUUCUGGCUCCUGGGAGCUUGAGCAUGGGGUUUGACUCCUGCGGGAAGACUGAGACAGCUGAGCGUGUGGUCAAGCGCAUCUACGGAGGCUUCAAAAGCACAGCGGGCAAGCAUCCGUGGCAGGCCUCCUUGCAGACCUCGUUGCCAUUGACCACCACUAUGCCCCAAGGCCACUUCUGUGGGGGCGCGCUGAUCCACCCCUGCUGGGUGCUCACAGCUGCCCACUGCACCGACAUAAAAACCAAGCAUCUGAAAGUCGUGCUAGGGGACCAGGACCUGAAGAAAACAGAAUCCCAUGAGCAAACCUUCAGGGUGGAGAAAAUAUUGAAGUAUAGCCAGUAUAAUGAAAGAGAUGAAAUUCCCCACAAUGAUAUUGCUUUGCUCAAGUUGAAGCCAGUCAAUGGUCACUGUGCUCUGCAAUCCAAAUACGUGAAGACCAUUUGUUUGCCCAGCGACCCUUUUCCCUCUGGGACCGAGUGCCACAUCUCUGGCUGGGGUGUGACAGAAACAGGGGAAGGGUCCCGACAGCUCCUGGAUGCUAAAGUCAAGCUGAUUGCCAACACUUUGUGCAAUUCCCGCCGACUGUAUGACCAAAUGAUCGAUGACAGUAUGAUUUGUGCAGGAAACCUUCAGAAACCUGGGCAAGACACCUGCCAGGGUGACUCAGGAGGCCCCCUGACCUGUGAGAAAAAUGGCACCUACUACAUCUAUGGUAUCGUGAGCUGGGGCCUGGAAUGUGGGAAGAAGCCAGGAGUAUACACCCAAGUCACCCGAUUCCUGAAUUGGAUCAAAGCCACCAUCCAAAAGGAGACUGGUUUCUAAGCUUCUGUCCUCUGGGCCUCGGAGCCCCUCCUCCUCAGCACGAGACACGAGGGAACCUCGCAGGCAGCCAGGGACGUCCCUUCAGGCCCCAGGUGGUCACGUGGGCCAGCGUCCAUGUUCUGAACAGAGAUACCACUGACCAGCUGGGCCUGCAUUUGUACCAUUUGUUUAUUCCAGGUUCCCUCUGCCCUCCCGGGAACCAACGGGAAAUGUACUAGAUUUGUUUCACUUCCAUCCAUUACACCUUUUAGAAGAAGCAGAGCUCCCAGCACUCUGCCCCAGGACAUGUGCGCUUGCGAGUUUACCAAUGCCCAGAACCAAGCAGGCAUCACCUGGACUAUUUACUUGUGCUCACACACCAUGGAGGCUCUCCACGGGACCGCUCAGCCUCAACCAGGUAUCAGAGAGAAGACCAAGAACACAACCUUCUCUGUUGGCUUUCAGAGUUGUUAUUUUAAUAAAGGCAGAUAUGCAUGG